GAAGGUGCAGGUAUUAAAAGAGAAAAAUUUAGGAGUGUGCAAAAAAGCUAAUGAAAAAACUGUCAAAAUCGAGCCGCAAUUUAGUUAUUUAUCAUUAUUACGUGUACCAUACCAUGCGAACCUUAAAGAGUUUGGUGUUAUUAUAAUUUGUCUUCCAAUCAAUGCCGCAAAUAGUUGA